AUGGAAGUCAAACGAUACAUUUCCCUUGAGACGCUGGCUGGUAUAGUGGCGCUGGGCUCGGGCGGGUCCAAACCACCAGAAGUCUUAGGAGGAUCAAAAGCAUCGGCGUCUGCGCGGCUCUUGGCACAGCUAGUCGAAUACUGCAUGGGCACUGGCGCAAGGACAGGUGUCAUCUUCAGUGGAGCCUAUCUCCUAGUGGUCGACAUGGAUGGCACAAACAAGCCGCGCAUCACUGUACGGACGCCAUCCGUGGCACCUGCGUGUGGGCCUAUUCUCGAGACGCCAAGCCGAAGUGGCAACGACCUAGAGACUCGCUACAACCUGCCUUGCACGCUGUUGGCUCUCAUGACGCACGCGCUGGAGCGUGCAGAACGCUUAGGCCAAAGACCCAUUCUCCAAAAGCAUGUACUUGAUGAGAAUUCGGAUGCAGAUUACAAGCAUGUGGAGAGCUCAGGCAGCAGCCAAGACCGACCGUCGAGCCGUCAGCUGCGCUCUCACACGCGUCGCGUACGAUCUCGACCAACUCCGCGCGGUAGCGCUCAAGGUCUGCUCGAUGAGGCCAAAUCUCGUCCCGACGUCGAGCUCAGAGGUCUACCCAUUGGGGGAGGUGCGUGCGCCAGGGUCUACCGAGCCUACGUGCUCUCGGGUCAAAUUAUGCCUACGUCUUCUGGCACCACGCUCCUUGCAAAGGUGUACUGGCUUCGUGGACAAUCGUACCAGCAUUACGAGGACACGUUUCAUCCUGUGGCACUUCAUGAGGCGCGCAUCUAUAGGGCCUUGGAGGUACUGCAAGGGGAGAGCGUGCCGCACGUUGUUGGGAUACUCACACGGGGUGCUGGAACUGAGCAACAGCUGCAGCAAUGGUGCGAUGACAGCACUUUUGCUGUCACUAGCGCUGUGACGCCACGAGCCCCCCUACCUGAGGCAGACAUUGACACGCCACCCCUGAGAGCGUCACGUGGUUCGGACAAGGACAAGGCCUCUAUCAAGCUCUGCCCUACUCCUCCUCGGCAAGUGCUCGGACUCGUGCUUACGGAUGCUGGUAAGACUCUGGCAGAAAUGUCCUACAAGGAUUUGAUUCAGCUUGCUCAGAGCGUCGAAGCGGAUGUUGAGGUUUCGGUGGGCUCGAUGGCUGCUGCUCUGAAGGAGGCGUUUCUACGCUCAGCACGGUCCAUCCAUGCAGCUGGCGUGCUGCACUGCGACAUUCGAGCCGCGAACAUGUGCGUGGCAGUGGAGCAAGGCAAGUUGCGAUGUCGUUUCAUCGACUUUCACCUGGCCACUUUUGCAGAUCCACAAAAGGAUGGGAAACACUUUGGCAACGAGCUGCAACGUGUCGAGGAGGUCGUCGAUGAUAGUCUUUCCAACAUCUUGAGCGCGUAG